AAAUAAAAAUGCACGUUAAUGUAUGCAUAUAAAUGAUAAAUACCGGUAUUAAAUAUUGGCACGAGUUUUCAAACUUUUCUUAUAAUAUUAAGCAAAACACCACUGCAGACUAUUGACUCGGGAGUUUUUAUGCAUGCAUUUCCUCAAAGACGAAUAUAAACUUUUAAUACUAAAAGCUAGUUUAAACGGGGACACAAUAAUUAAGAAUAUGUGGUAUAAUGCAAGUUUUGCAAAAUAAUAUCACGUCAAAUAGGAGCAUGCUCAGUGGGCUUGUUUUGUUCCAAACCUGGAAGCAUCAAUCACCUUGACCAAGCCGAGCCCUGUCGCUGUCGCCACGCCCUCUGAAGAUGUUUAUUAGCCAGCAGCAAUCUCAUGUUGCCUGUGAUUGCCUUGCAUAUAUUAGCAGCGGCCCGCCCCCUGAAGUCGUGUUAAAGGUACUUGGGGGAAGUCCUGAUCUGCACUUCUAUAGUCUUGUUUUGGAACUUGAAUGAGAAGUUAGUGUCGACUUGCAUACAGAACCAAGGAGAAACCCGCGCGCUACCUGCUAUUAACCCAAAGAUGAUUUUCGACAAAGUAAAGAAGUUCGACAUUGUAUUCGACUCCCCCGAAGUCGACUCACUUCCUGUGUUCAGCAGCGGCGACGUUGUGUCCGGGAAAGUGCUGCUGGAGCUGGACACGGCAUCCAAAGUGGAGUCGCUGAAACUGCACGCCGAAGGGUUCGCCAAGGUCCACUGGACCGAAUCUCGGAGUGCGGGCUCCAGCACAGCGUACACUCAGAAUUACUGCGACGAGGUGGAGUACUUGGACCGGCGAGAAACGCUCAUGCAAGCAGAUAACGGGGAGCUGACCGUUCUGCAGGCUGGAAAGCACGAAUUUCCGUUCAGCUUCCAGCUUCCUGAAGAAACUCUGGUGACCUCCUUUGAGGGAAAGCAUGGCAGCAUCCGAUACUGUGUGAAAGCAAAGCUGCACAGGCCCUGGAACACGGUGAAGAAAAUAAAGAAGGAGUUCACAGUGAUCGAGCCCAUUGAUAUCAACACGCCAGCAUUACUAGCAUCUCAAGCUGGCACCAAAGACAAAAUGGUGCGGAUUUGGUACCGUAACCUGGGGCAAGUUUCCCUCACUGCCAAGAUCGACAGAAAAGGCUACACACCGGGUGAAGUGAUCCCAAUCUUUGCGGAAUUCGACAACUGCACCCACCGCUCCGUGGUCCCAAAGGCUUAUAUCACUCAGACUCAGACCUUCAUUGCCCGCGGCACCAUGAAGCAGAAGAAAUCCGUUGUGGCCACUCUGAGCGGUGACGCGGUCGGAGCACGGAAACGGGAGACCUGGCAUGGGCGAGCCAUCAAGAUCCCUCCCGUGGGGCCGUCCAUCCUGCAGUGUCGCAUCAUCCGCGUGGAGUACACGCUGCGGGUGUGUGUGGAUGUCCCUGGAACCUCCAAGCUGUCCCUGGAGCUGCCCUUGGUCAUGGGCACCAUCCCACUACACCCCUUCGGCAGCCGCACCUCCAGCGUGAGCAGCCAGUACAGCGUCAACCUGGAGUGGCUCCGCAUGGCCAUCCCUGAGCAGCCUGAGCCUCCACCAGAUUACUGCGCCAUUAUCUCUGACGAGGAAGCAGAGCGCAACAUGUCCCCGCCUCUGAUAGAGGAAGACUUCACGGGGGUCCUGCAGCGCCCCUUCUUUGCCUACGUGCAGGAGUUCCGUUACCGCCCCCCUCCCUUCUACUCGGAGGUUGACCCCCAUCCUCAGACCCCCAACAUGAGGCGACGCUGCAUGACAUGUUGAACAGCACGAUGUGACUGAAUGGAGGUGAUUUUGCCUGGAUUCGUUAUCCAGAGACUCGAUUGAAGUCCCGAAGCGUAUUUUGCUAGGGGGCGUGGUUGAAGAAUGUGUCCGUCCCCCUGCCCCCCCGCCCCCCCAUUGCAUCUCCAAGGAUUGGAGCGCGGGUGGGAUUUGGAACUGGAUGCCAGGAAAACCGUAAAUCUGCAUCCACUGGUCUCCCGCACACAGCUCUGGUGCUAGAAAAACUUAACAGUGAUACAAUGCAGACUGCAGAAGAAAAAAAGCACAUGCUGUUUGCCGUUCUGUGGCAUACAAGGAUGAAAGUAAAAUCCUUCCAACCAUAGCCUGGGAGAGAAUCUGGAUUCUAUCAUAUCAGCCUUUCUGUUUCUACGCCCAUGCAAGAAGUGGGACUUUCGCUGCACUGUAGAAAUCCGAGUUCUGUGAUCUGUGGUACACUGAUCUGUGGUACACACUAAUGCAAAGCCUUCACCUCAUAGAUAUGCAACCUUUCAGGAAUAUGCAGAAUGCCAAAAACAAUAUGUUAGGGAGACAGAAUUUUAAGUUGCUUUUGUUUGUUUUUAUGAAUCCAGCUUCUCAUGGACGAUGCAUAGCCAGUUGUGUUCUUUAUAGGAGUGUACAAGCAGUACUGAGAAUGAGACGUAUAAAUAUAUAUGAACCAGGCACCAGUACUUUAUAUAUAACAAGAGCUUUUACUAUGCUUGAAAUGUUAAAACAAAUAACCAAAGAAGCUAAACUCUUUCAGGGGGUAGUGCAGGAGGUUGGGAAUCCAUUGCUUUAAAAUAUAGUUCCUCCUGAUUUUAUUAUCUGAGCCAUCCUGUUUGUGAAUAAGUAGUGACUGAUUAUUACAACACAUUCCAUAAUGUAAUAGAGCGGUCUUUCAGUUCCCAUACUGUGAUGGAAAUGGAACGGUUGCCCUGUGUUGGUGUGGGAGUGUAACACAAGACAGAGCAAAUACAAAGAUUGUUUAGAUGUUUUGUAAGUAGUGUUUACACAAAAAGGAGUCAAUGUCUCUCCAAAGAAAUUGUGUUCAGUACCUGUUUUUUUUUUUUUUUUUGUGUAUGUUUUGCUAUACAUUUUCUAAUAAAUAAAAAAAGAAAAAAUA